AUGAAAUCGGCAGUGCUACUGCUGGCGUUAUCCGGCUUGAGCCUUGGUGCUCUCAUCCAAAAUCUACCCGGCCAACCGGCCGCCAACUUCAAGCAGUACAGCGGCUACUACUCGGUCGGCGCAACCGGAAAUCAUCAGCUACAUUAUUGGUUUGUCGAGUCGCAAAACCAGCCAUCCAGCGACCCGGUGCUCCUCUGGCUGACCGGAGGCCCCGGCUGUUCCGGUCUCUCGGCCCUCCUCACCGAGUGGGGACCAUUUUUCAUCAAUCCUGAUGGCGCCACUCUCCGCGCGAACCCUUACGCCUGGAACCGCAAUGCGUCGGUGCUGGUCCUCGAGAGCCCGGCCGGUGUUGGAUACUCAUAUGCCAAGGAUGGCAAUGUCGACACUGGAGAUGACCAGACGGCCUCCGAGAAUUGGGACGCGCUGAAAGCCUUCUUCACCGAGUUCGCCCAGUACAAGAACAACGACUUCUUCGUGACCGGCGAGUCGUAUGGGGGCAUCUACGUGCCGACGCUCGUCCAGACGAUCCUCGAUCGUCAGUCGCAGUUCAACAUUAACAUCAAGGGAUUCGCCAUCGGAAACGGGCUGGUCGAUGGAGAUCUGGACAUCGAUGCGCUCAUCCAAUUCGAGCACAAGCAUGGCAUGAUCGAUCAACUGCAGUGGCAAGACAUCCAGAAGAGCUGCUGCAGCAACAACAUGGACGACUGCCCCUUCCACAACUUUAACGAUGCGGACAAAUGCGGAAACUUUGUUAACGACGCCGGAAAUAGGGCAUGGGGCGGCGGUCUCAACCCAUACAACAUGUACCAGGACUGCGUCAACCAGGGCUCCAUCCCGAAGCGGUUCGCCCUGGAGUUCAAGCGGAAAAUGGGCCGCCUGCCCAAGCCGGAAGAGUUGGGAACCGUUCCGUGUAUGAACGAGACCUCGGCCACUGUAUACCUGAACCGACGGGAUGUGCGAAAUGCCCUCGGAAUCCCCGGGCUUCUCCCGGCCUGGAGCAUCUGCAACGAUGACCUAAAUGAAAACUACAACCGCCAGUACAACACUGUAGCCCCCCAGGUGAAAAACGCGAUCGCCAAGGGACUUCGGGUUAUGCUCUACUACGGCGACGUCGACAUGGCUUGCAACUUCUUCAUGGGCCAGAAAUUCUCGGCAAACCUUGGCAUUACGCAAGUGAAUGCCAAAAAGGCCUACCACGUGAACGGACAGGUGGCCGGCUACAUGACCGACUAUGGACAGUUGAAAUACGUAACGGUUAAGGGUGCCGGCCACAUGGUGCCGACCGAUAAGCCGCCGGUUGCCUUCCACAUCCUCGACUCCUUCCUCAACAAUAAGAAAUUC